AUGGUUGAAUCUUGUGAACGACGUGAUGCUACUUCGGAAUAUGAAAAAAUAUAUUCUGAUCCUACAAGAAUUGAAAUAAAUGGACGCCUCAUUUUCCUGUGGACAUCUUUUGUACCAGCAUCGGCGAAAUGUGUUACUAAUGAUUACACUACGUUUUUCAUGUUUAAAUCAGCACAAUCGCAACAGUUGAUCAGAUUUAGCCUGAGUAUGGAAAAUGUGGCUGACUAUUGUUCCUUUGCAUCUUCUACUACUAACGGUUUAACUUACUUUAAAGAUCCGGCUGUUCCUCUCAUUAACAACCAGAGCAUACCGGAAGAUGUUAUCAGUGGCGGAAACUACACGUUUAAUUCGAUCGCAUUUGCAUUCAACCCUUCCAACAAUCAGACGAAUACUACUUUUGAUUUCAUUAAAAUCGAAGUUGCAUCAAUCCCCGUCGAGUCAUUUGAAAGUAUUGUGGCCAAAAUACUAGAUAAGUCAAAUGAUCACACCAUGAAGUGCUUCGACAAUCUGCUUAAGAAAUCUAACAAAAACCUUGAAAAAGUCAUAACUCUGUCCAACAGCAGUCUUGAAAAGAUAUUUGAAAAGUUUGACUCCAGCCUGACGUUGGCCCUCAGUAAUAGCUUCGAGCGAGCGGUCCGAAGUAUGUCAGACGCCGUCACUGAUUCGAUGUGUCAACUUCACAAUACUAUGUCCACAUUGUCCACCAGCGUCUCUGAGUGUCAGAAACAGGUAUUGAAGCUCAACGAGACACCGAUGAUUGAGCAGAUGACCAAGGCUUUGUGGAUAGUUGAAAGAGAGCGUAAAGAUGAGGAACGCCGAGCCAAUAACGUGAUCAUUUCUGGUCUUGUGGAGCAAUCAGGAAUCAAUGACAGAGAUAUUGUGCUGGAUCUCUGCGAGAAACAUCUGGCGAUCAAACCACAGGUCAUUAAAACACGUCGUAUUGGCAGCUCAAGGCUAUGUGUUACCUUGUCCGGACCAUCGGCAGUAGAUGAUUUAAUAUUCUCUUCCAGGAUCCUACGCUCAAAGCCUGAUACGAGGAAUAUUUUUAUAAACUUUGAUUUGUCAAAAAGACAGACAGAACAAGCUUACAUCAAGCGCCAGGCACGACGCCUUGCCAAAUCAGCCG